CAUACACACGCAGCUGUGCAGUCCAGGCCUAGCCUACAAUUUGGACGUGUACGCUUUUUGCACAGUGCAGUGAAAGAGCAGUUGGCCACUUGCCGCCUGGAUAUCGUGCGAGUAAGAAGUAGACCGAAAAUGGCUGGAAUUGACAAAAUGGAGGGGAUGAUGCAGUAGAGGUGGGGGCCCCAGCUUCACGCAGCUGUCUGCACCAGUGGCUCAGUCGCUGCAGCUACGUAGGAGUCAGCGUGGAAAAAGUGUGGAUUCUACAACUCCCAAGGGUUGGUCUCUCCCCCAUGGAAGCUCCUCUGGGUGACCACAGAGCCCAUUUUACCAGCGGGGGCUGCCAGUGCACCUAACACUUGUUCCUCCUCCCUCUUUGUUUUUAGUGUGGCCUGUUGUGGAGUUGUCUCCAGCUGAUUACAUUUGUACAUGUUUAGCAGCAAUUGUUGUCUGCCUGGCGGGCCUGCCAAACCUGGGUCUGGACUUGUAGAUAUUCUUGUUGCUAGCCGCAUCAACUUUAAUAUGGUGACGGUGAUCACGGAAAAGCUGCAGAAUCAGUCGCUGGACGAUGUGAAGUUUGCAGAAAUUAUACCAUACCAGACACGCAGCAAGACAAAGGCCAGGGUUUGGCAAAAGCAAAACUUCCAACAUGUCGCUCUAUCAGGAAAUAAAGGCACCCCACAGGUAAUCAGUCAAGAAAAGCUCACCCCAGAGCGUCCAAACAGAUCGCACCCUACCACACCCCAGAGUGCUGCACCAAGCAAGACGCUAGAAAGUGAGAGUAACAUCACUGAUGUGUCUGCAAUCACGCCAGCUCCCCCUAAGAAGAGACACUGCCGAUCCCUCUCCGCGGGUGAGGUCAAUGAGCGCAAGUGGAGACCACGCUCUUCCAAAAUCUGGCGAGCUCCUGUUCAGAGUCGGCGGAAAUGCGACACCCACCAGACACAGCUGCACAGCUCACACCAGAAGGCAGGGAGUGGCGGACUUGCUGGAAUCCCUGGCAGCUCAGGCUUGAACCCCUCAGUCAAUGAGUUCUCCACACCGCCAGAAUCGCCCAUCCCGCGUCCGACCUCCUCAGCCUCCUGGGAUGGCACCAACUCGGGGAUCCCCUACUGGCUGGAGCACGCUACUUUCAGGCCCGUGCUCUCGCCUCGUGCCUACAGCCGCUCCUUCUCAGAAGAUAAGGCAUCAGAGAGCUCAGGGUCGGUGUGCUCGUUCACUGGGAGCACAGACUCGGAACUGGACAGAGGGGUGGUACCACAGAGAUGUCACUCGCACCCUUCUGUUCGGAAAAGCGGGAAGAAACGACGCAGGGAAGAGGAGACUCGGCCUAAAUUGGACUUGUUCAAAAUGGAGGAGGCCCCAUUUGUGACGCCGGAGGACUGGCCCUAUAAGAGCCGAGGUAGCGGGGCAGCUGAGGGCAAGCAGAAUUCACUGGAGUCGUCGUCGUCGUCACAGAGGCACAGAAGACUAGGCAACCAGACACUAAUGAACAAGUAUUACACCAGGAGUUAUGGCAAGUCCCUGCUGGACUCACAGCAGUUCUGCGGCCUGCAGACCAUUGCCUCCUCGCCGCGGGACACAUCCGGCCAUGCUUCCAGCAUCCUGAUCACACCUACCUCAAGCCCCACGCAGGAACUGGACCAGCAGCCUGCAGGGGCCGGCCUCAAGCCGGCGCCCGGCCCGCAGUACAGCCUGCGCAACAGCACCCGCUGCCAUGAUGCCGAGCGAGAAUGUCAGGAGUGCUGCCACAGCAGCGAUGAGGAGAACGGGGACGAGUUGGACCGGGAGGACGGAUUCGACUCAGGCAUCUUCCCCCUGGAUCCUAGCAAUGAAUUGGACGUUGACCAAAUUGAACAAAACUGAUAAAAGGGAGAGUGGCAACUAUUUUGUUUUUAGGUGGACCUUCUUUCUUUUUCUGUUUUUAUGUUACAAUUUGUCAACCGAACAUUUUGUGAAAACAGAAAUAAAUGUUAUCCAUAGUGCCCACACAGAACCCAGCCCAGCAACAUGUAGUGGUUCUUGCACAGAAUUUCAUUUCAAGUUAAACCACUAAAGACAGACUCGUCCCAGAGGAUUUAAUGAAAGAUUAUUUUUUAAAAAAAGCCGUUUUGGAAGUUUUGGUUAUUAAUUCUUGCUUGCAGUGUGUUCAAAGUGUAAGGUAGUAUAACAAAAUCCAAAAUUGUUUCUUUAGAGUAAAACUUUGAAUUUCACAAAUGUGUUUUGCAAGAACAUUUUAAAAAUCGUAACUUAAUACAUGACCAAAUAGAGUAUGAAUUUGUUCUUGUUUGUUUUUUUUUUACAUGUGCUACGUAUUUAUUUUAUAUUGUUUUGCCUUUUUGUAAUUGUCCUCUUGGACUCUGAAAAUUCUCAUGUGCAGGUGUGGCCUUUGGGCUACCCAAUUAUGACAACAGAGGGCGCUAUGACCUGUAAAUUCUGACCCACACGUACACAUGGUGUUGUAAUCCAGAUGACUCCUGGUGUACACCAAUUUGGAAGCAAUAGGACUCUGGCUGGCAUUGACAUCACUCCUAAAUAGUGUAAAUUCUUGGCUCCAUGCCAAUCCAACCCAUAUCUGCUUACGUAUAGAAAGAUAGAGAGGGACAGCUAUUGUGCACUUCAAAAACAUCCAUAUGGAAAAAUAUAAUGACACUACAAUUUUGAUCUCUUUUCCAAAUUCCCUCUACGUCAGUACAUAUUUUUUUUUUACAAUGCCAAUUGUAAGUUCCUCUUUGGCCCCAUUCAGCUCUAUUUGAUGGGCUGAAGGCCCAGUUUGAUUUUGCAUUGUAGUAACACAGUUUCAGCUGAUAAAUGGCAUUUAAUCUCACCAUUUUACGAUCUGUAUUUGUCAUUCCACAUCCUGAAUGGUUAUAAACCUUAAACCUCAGACUCCUCAGUUGAUUUCUGGGAAGAAUAUCCCUCUCUUUUUUUAAAAUCAUGUUCCUGAAGAUUUUGCCCGAGGCCAUAGAACUUCAAAGAUUUGUCUAACUUCCUGUGUUUGAAAAAGUGUUAUUUUCCUCAGGGGUUUCUGACCGAAAGUCUGAGCCAAGAACAUAUCAAAUAAUUUGUUUUUCUUUGUGUUUGGUUCCUGGUUUGCUUUUGUGGUUGGGAUACAUGCACGCAAUCCACCUUUUAAUACCCGAGAAGGGCGUUAAUGACAUCUAUCUGAGAGCUCCAUUUCUGAGAGUUGCCAGCCACAGGAGAAUGUUCAUAGUCCAUCGGACGUGUGUGUGUGUACAUUAUGGGAUCAUGUAGAUACUUGCGGUAUUGUUGGCAUGAACUGUGGAGGCGGAACCCUGAAGGGCAGUCUGGGUUGGAAAAAAAAAAAUGUUGACAUUGCUAUCAGUAGUGUGGAACAGAUUUGAGGUGGUUUAAAAGCACACUGUAUAUUUAAGUGCUUGAUUUUAUUUCUCCGUGUUCUCUUGCUCUCUAGACUUGACUUUGGAACAGGCUGAAUUACUAACCUAUAAUGAUAGACCUUUACAGGGGUUCAGUUCUAGGCAGCCUAAAUGUGUAAUGUACACCAUAUCGGCUGAUGAAUUCUGAAACAAAAAAAUGGUUUUGUUUUUUCAUUCAUUCAUAGCGACAAAGUAAAGAGUGUCAUCUACAUGUGGCUUAUUAUGGCUACUCAAUGGACAUAUCCGCUUUUUGCAUUUACAGUUGAGGGCGCUGCUUGUCCCAUUCAUGAGAGCCAGUGACCCUUGGGUCCUUGUCUCGUUGCAGAAAUUGUGUGGUGCAUGUGCACCCACAAGGUCACAGAUUGUGCAUGUCUCACAUGGGCGUAUGCAUCGACCAAUUUCUGACUCAUUCUGUGCAAGGCCUCAACCCAAAUGAUCUCAGGUGCCCAAUUUGACUAAAAAUUUCAUGCACCCCAGGAGGUUAGGAUUAAUGCUUUGCUCAAGUCUUAUCUGGUGCAGUGGGGACCAAAGGACUUGCAUUUAACUGUGUUGAUGAUUUUCCCAAAGUCCGAAUGCUACACAAUCUGCUCUGUAGGCCUAGAGCUGGAAAGCUUUUCAAAGUGAGCUCCACCCAUGAAGUGGCAUUGAAAAAGUCUGAACUGGGUAGAUACAAAUGCCUGCACAUUUAGUGCUUGUACAUAGGUCAGGUGCGAGCUUGAAUCUGUGCCAAGAGUAUGUAUGAUGCUGAAUUUACUUCAUAGAUCUCUGACAGUUACGACCUUGUUGAGUUACUGUCAGGGCCAAAGUUUACUGGGCACUGUUGGAAUGAUCAAACAGCUAUAGUAAGGGAAAGAAAUGUUUCACUCAUUUUUUGAUGAAGUGGACCUUGCAAUUUGGCAGACAACUUGUCACUCUAUGAGGUUCUGUGCAGUUUGUAAGUGCGAGGAAGUAAAGAGUUAGAGAUGCACGGCAAGGAACUAUUUUUAGAUGUGCAUUGCUCCAUGAAAAAGCCACAGGGUGCCGUGCGUUUAAAAUCUUAAAUGAUGUCGUACGAAAAUCCCCCCAUCAUAUCUAGUCUCUUUUUCUUUGUUUAGACACAUCCUCACAUGGAUGUUGUGGUUGUCAUUGAUCUGUGCAAGAAGCCAGUGAGUCAGUUUUAUUUUCAACUUUGGAUGAGCUGUAAAAAUUACUCACGUUCCAAAUUCAAGUCUGUUCGGGGUUCCUCGGCCAUUUGCCAACUCUACCAAGUCUGUACAUGGUUCUUUUUGCUUUUUAAUUACUUUUUUUUAUUAUUGAUUUGGUGCAUUAUAGUAGUCUCUAUAUAGAACAAGCAAGUUGAAUCAGUUUGUAGGUAGCGUAAGCAGGGCAGUAUGCAAUAAUUUUAUGUUGGCUUUUUUGUGUGUUUUGUGUCUUUAAUGUUGUGGCUGUGUCUCCAAGCAAAAUGAUUUAUAAGUUGGGAAACAUUUUUGAGGGAUAGAUUUGCUUCCAGUUUUUGUAAGUUGACUGACCCAUGGCUUGGAGUUGAUAUGGAGGGGCUUGCAUUGAAAGAAGUGACAGCGUGAAAACUCUAUGGCUUGCACUUGUGUUCCUAAGCAAGGUACUUUAUUCCAAUGGCAGUAAGCCAGGUAGAACCCAAGAGGAAUUUUCAGCAUUUCCUGCUUUUUCCUGGCGUGGUUUAGUCUUGUAAACACAGGUCACUUCUUGAUGUGAUUUGAAGCAAAUGGCCACUGGCUGUAAAUGAAUGGUCAUUCUGUGGGAAUUCAAGGUGUACAGCGUACCUCUCACAUUACAUUAACAGACAGUGUCUUAGUUGCACAAUCUGAACAGGUUAUUAUGGUUCAAUGCAAUUGUGUGUACUUAAUUCAGAAUGCAGUUCCUGGGCAGGUCGGCCGUUUCCAAGGCAUAGGCCAGUCUCAUAAUUGAUUAGCAGGCAUUGGGAACCAGAAAUGGACAGUACAAAUGCUAAGUCAAUGAUAACCCCUGGACAUGACUGAUCUAAUGACUCUGUGUUUAUCAACUUACAAUAAAUUUUCUUGUCAGGGUGUAUGCAAGUUCCUUUGAAUUGUGUGGGUUUUUUGUGGGGUUUUUUUGGGGGGGGGUGUAGUCUGCAUGCAUAAUGUGUGUUAAUAUGGCAAAGCUUUUAUGUUUGGCUUCUUGACAUUUUCAGUCCAACGGGCAGUUCUCCAUUUAAUUGAAGCUUGUUCCUGAAAUGUACAGACUGCAUAUUACAGCAGUCAAAAUCGGCUCAUUUUGCAAUCUCAACAGCCACUUCAGAAAGUGUCAAAUGAGCUUGGAAAAACUGUCCUAUCGCAUCACUUAAAAGAUUGCAGUCCUCUUAUAUUGAAGUCAUUGUGAUGAAAAACCUCUACACAAAGAAUGUAGAGUGUUGAAUUUCAUUGGGGUGAAGAUAUUUUCCUCGGAUAGAAUUUUGAUUUGUUGGAUUUUAAUUUUGCUCCUCUGCUGAAUACAAAUUUUGCCAAAAUGUUGUAUUUCCCAAUUGCUUAACAGUAAAGAAAAAGGUUGUAUUUGUGGAAUUAAUAUUUUUGUUUUGCUGUGAAAUGGCUAACAAAUAUUAAAAAGAGACAAACAUGUAGGUUAAAAACAUUUGCAUUCCUCUACCAUUAACAGUUUGCUGUUCAAGAAAUAUUUUUAACUUUUAAGAGUUGAAUUUUGAUUCUGUAUAAAUUAAGCACAAGUGAUAUUACCAGAAUAAGAAAGGGGCAGUGAUGAUUGGUGAGAAAGGUCACCUUUGCCGAGUGAACAAAGUCUAUUCUUUGAGCACUUGACCACUGUACAUGAGAUUGCAAGAUGAGGGAUGAUUUUUCAAGGCUGCAAGGCCAAGAUACAUGUUACCAGGCCCAUGUGAACAGUUUUGUGAAAUGCAGUCAGGCGACCUGAACUUGAUGGGCUGGUCAUCUGACACAACUUGUGAACAUGAGGUCUUUUUUUGUAAGUAAUGCUGUUAAUUGAAGUCAGGAGACUUGGUAUUAGGAUUGGUCACAGUGAGGAGUUCAGGGGAAUUUUUUUUCUCCAAAAGAAUAUUUUUGAUUUGAAAUGACGUAGAAGUCACUUCUAAAUGUUAUCAAGUUGAAAACUUCUUGUGCUGUAUUCAAGUGAAGUGAACUGAAUUUUUCCCAUUAUGAACUCCUUCACAGAUUUCCUCCAUUGUUAGGAGUUAUUUCAAACUACAGCAGCAAGAUUCACUUUUGUCGCUUUUUUUUACACUAAACAAUUUGUACAAUUUAUAGGAGGGAAACUCUUCUGGUAAUUUUUGUUCUUUUUCGAGAUACCUAAAAGUGGUGUGGACAUAUUUGUUCUGUUGUGUAUAUAUAUAUUUUAGGAAGACAUUUAACUGGUGCGGUAUGUUCAAGUUGAGCAGGACUGACCAUAGUCAAACAUGUUGGCUGGGUAAUGAUGAUAAGGAACUAAUAAGUGCUUGAUGCAUAUAUUGACGCAUUUCAUGCUGAUACCUACAAUUCAGGGUUUGUCUUGCCUGCUUUAUAGCUUUUUAUCGAUACUUUUAUUGAUAUGUGGAGAUGGUAGAAAAUGUGAUAGAUGUUUCCAUUCCAGAAGCAGGUGUUUUUGAGCCGGUCUUUCAAGCAGGUGAAACAACAAAAACAAGACAAGAAAAUAAACUGGUAGAUUAUUUUUUACUCUGAGAACAGUUACUGAUGUUUUAGCUUGAUAAAGCAGUAUUAUAAUGGAAUUUUGAUGGACGAGUAACAGUGAGGAUAAAAGAAAAUGUAGCCUUUUUUGGGGGAGACCCAAUAACUAGCAAUGAACAAGUCAUUGUUAGUGAAUCGUAGUCAAACACAUGAACUGUUACAAGUGCACAUAUACUGUGGUGUUAGAAGCACUGUAUUGGUGUGUUUUCAUAAGUGCACUUUUUCAAGUUUUUAGGUUACCCCUAGCAAAGUUCGUUGUCUACCCUCCCCAGUAAUUUCUAGAUUUUAUUUGUUUAAAAGAAAAAGCCAGUUGUGGCAGGAAUUUGAUUCCUGUGGGAAUGCCAACUGCAGGUGGAUUCGUAUUUAAACGAAAAAUAGUAAGAUUUUUCAAAGGCAAAUUGGAGUUUAAAGGCACAGUUCCCCCAUGUGUUUGUUCACGACUCGCAAGGCUGAUGUUAAAGUUUCAAAAAAGGAGUUCAACAGAAUAAAAGAUUUGUCAUUUUUUGUAGGCUGGUGGAGCCCAGUCAGCUGUUCAAUGUUUUUUCCUCCUGGUUCUAAAACCAAAGAGCACCCACGAAAAAGAAAAUAGACGAAUGUUUUAACCCCCUGAGAAUUAUAGACAAGAAAAGAUUGCAUUUCAGCUUUCUUUGUGUAAUUUUAUGAAUUAUGAGAAAGAGACAGCGCUGACCCUACCCAUUGGCCAGUAUGAUGGGCCAUCUCUGACUGCCCACAACCUUGGCACGCUCGUAUUUGAAAAAAGAAUAAAAGCACUUUCCUGUAAGCACAACUGAAGUCAAAAGUCAGGUUGGAAUAGGCGCUGGUGGCUCAAUGUACAACUGCAUGUAAUUCAAAAGUGGUAGUAGCAAGAAGAAGAAGCUGUAUUCAAAGCUGGAGUUGAUGGGUCCAUCUUGCCUUAGCAUAACCCUAACAGUCCUCAAUCCUCCAACAGGUGAAGGAUUGAGGACUGUUGGGGUUAAGGCAUUACUGUGCCUUUAACACCCCAUUCGGGCUGAUUGCCUAUUGUAAGUUGUAAAUACAUUUUUGUGGCUUUGAUAAAUACAAAUCUGAGAUAGUAUUCCCAGACAAUUUUAGUCUGGCUCCUCUAGUUGCCUUACUUGAUACCUUUUCUGCACAUCUAGUCCCCCGACUCACUCCUUGUUAUAGAGACAGAAAAGAGCACUUUGAUAAAAUUAAAUUGACACUCGGUGUUAAUUGUAAUCUUAUAGACUGAUGAUAAACUUUUUGAACAAUGCAUGAGGAUUAUUAGUGUUUACCAUACGGGUGUUGAUAUUAAGCUGAAAUCUUACAAUUUUUUGUAAAAAAAAGUUACUGUCUUUGAAUACAUUUGUAUAGAUGUCCUGUGAAAACUAGGAAAGGAAAUUAGCAUCGGAUUGAAUCUAAAAACUUGUGUACAAUCCUAGACUUGAUUAGGAACUUAUUGCAUGAAUUGUAUAGAAGAAAACAUUACUUCACAUUUAGUUACAGAAAAACAACUGAUCAUUACUGUAUGCAUGGUUAAAUGUUUUGUAAUAACUGUUCACCCCAUUAAGAUGUUUCUUCAGCUUAUUCAAAUAAAAUUCCUUCUAGUUGAAAUUAGACAUGUUCCCAAAAUGUAUUUUAAAAAAGUAUGAAUUUCAAGAGUUUGGAUUUGGUAAUGAAAUGAGCCCAUGAAUUGCUAAAGAUGAUUACCUGAUUGUUAUUAACCAUCUACACCUGUGUGUUAAGAGAAAUUUGUGUCCUAGUAGUAAAAACAGCGCCUGUUUACUCUGUGGAUGUUCAUUUUUCAAUAGAAAUGUUUCAAAUACAGAUCAAUGUGGGAAAAAAUACCUGGGAGACGAAGCUUACGUUCACCCUCAGUUAUGAAUUGGGGAAUGAGAAUGCGGUGAUAAGGAAUCUGUUUUGGAAUGUAUAAAGUGUUUCCACACAAUCGGAUUGCGUCUGAAUAUAUAUUUGUCAGAAACAAGGUGUUUGCACUAUAUUUCAGCAAUAUUGUGGGAUUAAGCUUCAUCUUGUGUUGAUCUUUAAAAAGACUUGAGCACCAUUGAACCAUUCAAUUUUGUUUAGGUUUUAGGUUUGUAUUUCAAAAAAGAACUUGUUUGGUCAUGUGAAAUUUUGGAGCAUCUUUUAGUGAUUACAAUUAAAACUGAUUAUGGCUUAUGGUUUCUUUGCUUCUUUGGGGUGGGGGUUUGAUUGCUUGGUUGAAAAAAAUGGUUCUCUUUGUUUCUUUUUUUGGCAAGAAUAUAUGUUCUUGCCACAUUUUUAGAAAUACAUUGGAUAUAAUGUGUAUUGUAUUGGUUAGUUCAAUGGUUUGGGUUGUAACGAGAAAUGAACAGCAGAACAGUACUACAGAAUUGGGACAAAAGUAAAAUGCUCUUUUUUAUUUCUUUUUUUUUGGUUAGAACCCACUUUUGAAUUCUUUUAAGAUUGAUUUAAGCUGCUGAUUUAAGAGUUGAAGUUAACCUCAGUGCUGUGUGGCAUACUGUUUUAUUUUUACUUCUGGCAAGCUGUGGACCAACACGUAAUGUCAGGUUGUUAAGGUUUUCUUUUAUACAAAUAUGUCAUUAAUUCUUGAAGUUUGAAUUAGAUUUUUUUUAUUAUGUAAAUCCACAGUGAAGUUAGCCAAUUGCUUGUUUGCACAACAGAACUGUUUUAUGAUUUUUUUUCUGUUUUGCCGUGUUCUGAUAUUUUAUUUUGUAUAAGUACCUUUUGAAGUGAAAGAAAAAAAAUCAGCAAGCUCAAAAUUUUGUAUUUUUAGGGAGAAAUUCUAAAAUAAGACAUUUAAUCCAAAUGUAGUUGUUUUGUUUGGAAAGUUAUGUGCACCUUAACAGGUUUAUAAAUACAGUGUGAUUUGGGGUGUUUUUGUUUUCUCCUUUUGGUUUUUUUUAAAACUAACUUCCGUGGAAAAAGAAAAAGAAAAAAAUAAUCCCUGGUUAUGCUACAUUGAAGGUUUGAGAAUAACCUCUAGUUGGUGAUCAAUGCUUAAUGCUAAAUCCAGCGAAUAGGUUAUGCUGACAGGAAACAGUUAAUUGAGCACCAAAUGCUUUAUGAGUAAUUAAAGACCUAAUUAAAUGAACAUGCUAAAAUCUUUGUUUAAUCAGCAGAAAUGUUUGGCUGACCUCAUGUCUGCUUUUCUGCUUACACUCAAGCAUGUCUCCUACAGACAUGGUAGAAGUUCCAGUGUUACAUUCAAACAUCAUUAUAUUUAAGCCAAACGUAUUUGUCUAGUAAGUGUGUCCUCCGUGGUGUUAGUUGUCAUCUUAGAGCAACUGAGCACCUGUGUUUGAAAUUGGGUCCCAAACUCCAUGAUCUUUUGCAGAUUUACUUGGCAUUUGGUGCAGAAAGGCAGAGUUGGAAUGAAUCGGUCAGGGAGCAUUGAUUUGAAAAAAGAAAAAUCUCUCCUAGUGUUCAGAGUUUUGCUUUUGGAAAAUAGUGUUGCAAGGUCACUUUUCAAGGAGAUUUUCAUACAACACAGCCAGUACAGAUUUGGUGUUUUGCAGUGUCAUUUGAGUUUUACUUAUCCUUUGAAAUAUUCUUCUUUAUAAAACAGAGAACUGAAAAUUAUAAAUACUGCAUUUAUUGCUAAUUGUAAAAUAAGCUCUAUGUCAGUUGUAAGUUUGGCCGCUUUAAAUACGAAAAGGAGAGCAAACACCUCAGAAACACUUUGGCCAUACUCAGAUUCCCUGUUUUUUUUUAGUCUAAACUGCAAGGAUAAGUUGAUGUAUAUCGAAUCAAAUGCACCUGUAAUUUAGGUACUGUUUUAGAUAUUGUUCACUUCUGUUAGCAAAGCUAGCCCAUAUGAUGUAAAGUGUAUGCUGCAGUCUGUGAUUCACUGGGGUAGUAAUGGAUGUUUGUCUCUUGCUCCAGUGCAGUUCAUGACCGAUUGUGAAACGGGGAUAGGCAACAGCCCCACGUCCAACCCCCCCGCCCUGCCCCACCACCCCACCCCUCCCUUUAGAGGUACACUUUGAGUGUUACAAUGGCCGUCACCUGUGGAUUUAGUGUGACACUGACAGCUGUUUUAUGGAAUGGGAAAUAAAGAUGCUUAUUAGACAUGUUUUUGAUAAAAGA